AUGAAGACCUCUCAGAUGUUGACCGCAGCCGUUGCUGCUUUGGGAUUUGCUUCCUCGACAGUCGCCCAACGUGGAGGAAGAGGAAAAGCCGCUGCGGCUACAACAGCAGCAACCACUGCUGCGGCCGCUACUGCUGCUGCUACUGCUGCUGCUAGCACAGACAGUGCCGCAACCGGGGCCACCGGCAACAACAAUGGCGGAGGCAACGAUCUUGUCCUUCUCGCCGACAAUGUCCAAGAUGCCAGCAACUCGCCCGGAGGUUCAGGCGAUGCUGGUCAAGCACCUUCGGACACUGACCCAGCGAACUUCAUCAACUUUUGUACCGGCAAGACCCUGACGAACGGUGCUCAAGUAACGCAAGGAUCCUGCAACGGCAUUGUAAUGGGUGACAUUCCCUCCAACAAUAACAUGAUUUCAUCGAUCAUCCUCUUCCCCGGUCCCGGAGACGACAUUGCGGCGGAUCAAUCGUUCAACGUCCAAGUACAAAUCAGCAACUUAGUGGCAGGGUCCUUCACCGAUCCCAUUACCACAUACUAUGCCGCCCCUCAACAAUUGGAAGGAGGAGAUGUUGUCGGCCAUUGUCACGUUACCAUCCAGGAUCUAGGUGGAGACGUUGCCACCAAGACUCCUCCUGACCCGAAGGUGUUUGCAUUCUUCAAGGGUAUCAACGACGCCGGCAAUGGUCAAGGUCUCCUCCAGGCCACUGUCACCGAUGGUCUUCCUGCAGGAAGCUACCGAGUCUGCACCAUGAACAGCGCUUCCAACCAUCAACCGGUCCUCAUGCCCGUCGCUCAACGAGGUGCGCAAGAUGAUUGCACCAAGUUCACCGUCGGCCAAGGUACGGGAAAUGCUGGCAACGGCGCUGCCAACAAUGCUGCCGGAGGCGCCGCUGCCGCUUCAACCGCCGCUGCAGAAUCCGGAGCUGCUGCAGCCAGCACGACCUCUGCUGCCGCCGCUGCAGGUACUGGCACCGCCCCAGGCACCGCCGGGAACGUCACGGGAGCCGGACGAGGCCGCGGCGGGGGUCGAGGCCGGUUCGGACGAGGAAGAGGAAGAUUUACUGCCCGAGACUACAUUGCAUGA